CACUUCUUAUCUCAUCUCUCUAAUCCUCGAGAUGGCAUCCAACGGCGAAGGACUAUGCAUGCGAUGCAAGACUCUACCUCCGACCGAGGAAUCCCUCGUGUGCCGCACGUGCGGCACUCCAUGGCACGUGCCCUGCCUCUCAUCCCCUCCCGAGUCCCUCGCUUCCACCCUACAGUGGGAGUGCCCCGAUUGCUCCGGAGAAUUCGAUCCUAUCCCCCAACCCGCCGGGGAACGAUCGGAUCUCGUGGCGGCCGUUCGCGCGAUCGAGUCCGACGUGUCUUUGACGGACGAGGAGAAGGCUAGGAAGAGGCAGCGGCUCGUGAGCGGUAAAGCCGUCGUGGAGGAUGAUGAUGAUGAAGAUGAUGAUGAGAAGAAGAAGAAGAGCUCCUUUUGUGGUCUUGAUGCUGAUAUCUUGGCCGCUCUUGGUGAAAACUUGAAAUGCUCCUUCUGUAUUCAGUUACUUGAAAGGCCCGUCACGGCGCCGUGCGGGCACAGUUUCUGCUUGAAAUGCUUCAUGAAGUGGAUUGGUCAAAGGAAGCGAAAUUGCAUAAAAUGCCGCGCUACGUUUCCUGACGAAAUGGCGAAGAACCCUCGUAUCAACUUAACCCUUGUUUCUACUAUCCGUCUGGCCAAAGUUUCGAGAACUGCUGCUGCCGCCGCCGCCGGGAGUUCUUCAAACGUCUACCAUUUUGUCCGCAAUGAAAACCGACCAGAUAAAGCAUUUACAACUGAGCGCGCCAAGUUACCCGGCCAUGCAAAUGUUGCAAGUGGCAAGAUAUAUGUUACAACACCAAGUGAUCAUUUCGGUCCUAUCCCGGCGGAAAAUGACCCUGUCAGGAACCAAGGUCUCUUAGUUGGUGAAUCCUGGAAGUAUAGGAUAGAUUGUAGGCAGUGGGGUGCUCACUACCCCACUGUUGCUGGGAUUGCUGGACAAUCCAAAUACGGAGCUCAGUCCGUUGCACUCGCUGGUGGUUAUGAUGAUGAUGAGGAUCAUGGAGAAUGGUUUCUCUACACUGGAAGUGGAGGAAGAGACCUCAGCGGCAACAAAAGGACUAACAAAAAGCAGUCGUUUGAUCAGAAAUUUACAUACACAAAUGAAGCUUUAAGAGUCAGUUGCAAAAUGGGUUAUCCUGUUCGCGUUCUCAGGACUUACAAAGAAGAAAGUUCUUCAUAUGCCCCCGAGGAAGGAGUGAGAUAUGAUGGUUGUUACAGGAUUGAGAAGUGCUGGCUAAAAGUUGGAGUGCAGGGAAAAUUUAAGGUCUGUCGUUACCUUUUUAUUAGAUGUGAUAACGAGCCAGCUCCAUGGACCAGUGACGAACUUGGAGAUCGUCCGAGACCUUUGCCCGACAUUCCAGAGCUUAAGAAAGCAAUAGACCUGUUUGAGAGAACCGAAACUCCUUCAUGGGAUUUUGAUGAAGCUGAGGGUCGUUGGAAAUGGAUGAAGCCUCCACCUGCUAGCAAAAAGCCUGUUAGUGUUUUGGAUCCUGAGGAAAGAAAGAUGAUGAAGAAAGCCAUGAAGGCGGCACACUCAAAUACCCUGAGAGAAAAAAUUCUGAAAGGAUUUAAUUGCGAAAUAUGUCGGGAAGUGAUGAACCUUCCUGUGACAACGCCUUGUGCACAUAACUUCUGCAAGGGAUGUCUAGAAGGUAAAUUUGUUGGGAUGACCCAGGUGAAAGAAAGAAGCAGAGGAGGGCGCACACUUCGUGCAAAGAAAAACAUAAUGAAAUGCCCUUGUUGCCCCACUGACAUUUCUGACUUUCUUCAGAACGUUCAGGUCAACAGAGAAGUUAUGGAUGUGAUAGAGAAGCUGAAGAACAAGGAACAAGGUGAAGCCUCAAGUGAAAAUGAGAAGGAAGAAAAAGCUGAGACAGAGUCUGAAGAAAACUCUGAGAUUACCGACGCUGAAGAUGUUGAACAACCGAGGAAAAGGGCUAAACUGGAUACUGAAGCAGUUGUUUCUGCGACUUAAACGACAUCGAGGAAAACUCUUAUCUUUAUUUAUUUUUGUUUGUUUCUAUUAUACAAGUUUUAAAAGCCAUAGAAAACUCUAUUAUCUAAUUGGCUGUUACAGUUGUAUAACUUACCGUGAUCGGUAAAUGAACUCAGUUCAUUAAACUUUUGUUUGUUUUAAGUAUAUUUCGACUGUGUUUCUAAAAUUCAUUACUA